AUGUCGCAGCCCACUGAGAGAGAGAAGAUGCUCCGCGGGGAGCUCUACCGUGCCUUCACACCAGACUUGAUUGCGGCUCGGACGCGCUGUAAAUGGGCUUGUAAUCGCUUUAAUAGCUCGGAGGAGGUCCCUCGUCGGCGUCUGGUUGAGAUGUGGAGAGAUAUCACCGAGGACAAAACGCCUCUGCCACCAAAAUUGGAUGACCCUGUUGCCGAUGAGGCUCUUUUUGCACAAGAACCCUGGGUUGAAGCUCCGGUGAAAAUCGACUACGGGUUCAACGUGAAGCUUGGAGCUGGGGUCUUUGUCAACUUCAACUGUGUCUUCAUUGACACCUGUCCGAUCACCGUGGGAGCCCGCACUAUGUUUGGUCCUAAUGUGAACUUGUUCUCUGGGUAUCAUCCGCUGGAUCCCGCCCUGCGAAAUGGCCUUGAAGGCCCAGAGAGUGGCAAGCCAAUUGUGAUCGGAGAGGACUGCUGGCUCGGUGGGAAUGUGAUUGUUCUUCCAGGCGUCACCAUUGGCAAAGGGGCAACAAUUGGGGCUGGAAGUGUGGUUACAAAGGAUGUGCCUGCUUUCCAUGUGGCAGCUGGGAACCCAGCUCGGAUUAUCCGCCGGAUUGAAACAACAAUGACAGAGUAG